CGAGUUAAACGGAUUGCUUGGUGAGAUUUUGUUAGGAUAAUCUCAGAGGUUGCUAGCAAUCAGUAGAGUUACUCAUAGUACUAAUACAUGUGCAAGUUUUCUUUAAUUAAUUUUGGUGCUUCUCCUGAUUGAAGAUGGUCGUGACCAAUUUUAGAACUUUAAAACCCCAUUAAACAUUGUUGGUAUGAAUUGGGCUUGGAAAAUACUCGAUCGAGCAGCUCCUUUGUUCUACAUUUUGGUUCAGCCUAAAUACUCGAUCGAGCAGCUCCUUUGUUCUACAUUUUGGUUCAGCCUUACACACUUCAUCGGGUAUAUGAAUUUAUUUAGAUGUAUGUAGAUACUUAGGCGUACAGGGACCCACUGUAUUCCUUUUAUUUUUGUAACCUCACAUUCAAAUAUCUAACUUUUUGUAUAAUGGUUCUUUUCACAGAAUUUCCACCGCACCUAAAAAACAAGAGUUUCAAUUGUAUAAAGAAAUCCAUGUGUGACAGAACCUUUACACGAGGAGGGCAACAGCGUCGACAUGGCAAUCGAGUCACUCCUGAAUGCGGAGAAGCAGUGUUGCCUGGCUGGCGAUGUGGCCAGCACUAGGAAGGACAUCGUCGAGCUCUCCUUCAAGGAUGGCGCCUGGAAGACGCUUAACUGCCAGAUCGUUGUCCUCUCUAAGAGGAGGAGGGCCAGCUCAAAGAAUGGCGUCACCGGGCAGGACGGCAGCGGCGUGCCCGUGUUCGCGGAGUACAACCUCGACGAGCUCCGCGCCUCCACCGACGGCUUCGCAACGGACCACAUCGUCUUCGAGCACUGCGAGAAGGAGCCUAACGCCAUCUACCACGGGCCCUCUUCAGCUCUGGCACCACCGUCGCCAUCAAGCUCUUCUACCGCUCCGCCUGGCCUAACGCACGCCAAUUCAUGGUUCGUGCCCCUUGCUUUGUGGGCGAUGAACGGCGCUUCUGAGUCGCGUGUGGGGAGCGGCGACGGCGUGUGGGAGGGGCUCUCGGGGCAGGUGGCGUCGCGUGGGAGGGGCUCUCGGGGCAGGUGGCGUCGCGUGGGAGGGGCUCUCGGGGCAGGCGGCAUCGCGUGGGAGGGACUCUCGGGGCAGGCGGGCGCGGGGAGGCGGCGGGGAGUGGCACCGUCGCAUGGGUAG